GGGCGGGAUGAAGGUGCCGAGGAGACCGAGGCAGACGCCGCUUCUCCCCCGGCUCUGCGUCUGUGGACUCGGUCUGCUCGCAGUCGUCUGGGUGUUGCAUCUCAACGGCGUUACAGAGCUUCAUGGACCCUCCGGGGACGACGAUGAUGUCUUCUUAUCCAAAAAGGAGGUCAACGCACAGAUAGAUGAUAACAAUCAAUCCUCACACUCUGUUUCUAAAUCUGCCAUCAGCGAGUUUCCCGAAGACAUUUUUACUCUGGAGCAGCGGAGACAGGGAGCGGUCAUCCUUCAUGUGCUCUGUGCUAUCUACAUGUUUCACGCACUCGCCAUUGUGUGUGAUGUUUAUUUCGUGCCAUCACUCGAAAAAGUCUCAGAGAACCUGCAACUCAGCCAGGAUGUCGCCGGCGCCACCUUUAUGGCCGCCGGGAGUUCUGCCCCUGAGCUCUUCACAUCUUUGAUAGGAGUGUUUAUCACAAAAGGGGACGUAGGUGUGGGCACAAUUGUGGGUUCAGCCGUCUUUAACGUCCUAGUCAUCAUUGGUAUCUGUGGCAUCUUCGCGGGACAGCCAAUCUCUCUGAGCUGGUGGCCUUUGUUUCGCGACGCCGUCUUCUACAUCUUGUCCAUCAUUGUGCUCAUCGUGGUGAGAAACCCUGCUCAGGAACCUCAGUUAACAUUUUCCUCUCAACACAAAGCUCAAGUCAUUCUUGCGCUAGACAACACAAGUCAAUUCGAGUAUUUACCAUUUAAUCUGUUGCAUGAGCAAACCAUGACCAAUGUUUUAUUUUUGUAUUUUCUUGUGAACUUGCAGGUGAUCUACGAUGAAAAAGUCCAGUGGUGGGAGACCAUUAUACUGAUCUCCAUGUAUGGAAUAUACAUAAUCAUUAUGAAGUUCAAUGGCUCUCUGUGCAGCCUGGUAGAAAGAUACUGCCACCGGGCAGGUCAGCCAUGUUUGAGCAGCCUGCGACGCGCAACAGCGGUGGGGAACGCCGGAGACUGCGAUGCCGACAUCAUGCCGCUAAAGUCAGAUUCGUGCGCUAUUGUUGGUCAGGACUCAAGGGUGGUGAUGGUGGAUGAGCUCCUCAACCGACAUCCGCACCAGCUCACUUUCUCAGAGGCAAGCCUCCGUCUUCUCAUCACCUCGCAUUUCCUCCCCUACACUCGCCUGCGCAUGGCGGGACGCACGGUCAUCAACGAGAGGCAGAGACUGAUCCGAGCUCAGGUCGUCGGGGCCAAAGACGGCGGCGCUUUGGCGGACGACGGUUGCGGUGCCGGCAGGCUGUGGGAGAAAGAGAAUGGAUCAGCGGCUGAGGCGGACUGUCAGCCUUUGGAUGUGGGGAGAGAGGCAGGAAAGGAGACAGGGCACGAGGCUGGAAGCGCAGCUCAGGCUAAAGAGGAAGAGGAGGAGGAUGAGCAGGAGGGGGAAGAGGAAGAGCACGCUCCCUUCAAACCCUUCGUCAUGCCGGAUGGCUGGUGCGCUCGUGCGAAGUGGCUGCUCUCCUGGCCAGUGAACCUCUUGCUUCACUGCACCGUGCCCGACUGCACCCUGCCACACUGGGAACGCUGGUACCUGCUCACCUUCCUGGCCUCCACACUGUGGAUUGCCAUCUUCUCCUACCUCAUGGUCUGGAUGGUGACCAUCAUCAGCUACACACUUGGAAUUCCAGACGUCAUCAUGGGUAUUACGUUCCUGGCGGCUGGCACCAGUGUACCUGACUGCAUGGCCAGCCUCAUUGUUGCCCGACGAGGCUUGGGCGACAUGGCCGUGUCCAACUCCAUCGGCAGUAAUAUCUUUGAUGUGCUGCUGGGCUUGGGCUUCCCCUGGGCACUGAGGACCCUCAUUGUCAGCUAUGGCUCAGUGGUGACAAUCAACAGCAGGGGCUUGGUGUACUCUGUAAUCCUGCUCUUGGCCUCAGUUACACUCACUGUCCUUUGCGUCCACCUGAACCGCUGGAAGUUGGACCGCAGGCUGGGUCUCUGGCUCGUGCUGCUCUACGUCAUCUUCCUCCUCUGCUCCAUCAGCUUCGAGAGGCUGUAGACUAGAGGACACACAUGCAGGCUUUUUUUCACUGGAAUGAAUUUCUCUCCUCACGUCCAAUAACUUCACAUGGUUUUGUAACUCCACUUCUGCAAAAACGUGGGAAAAAAAAGUUUGUAUUUCUACAAACCCCAAUGCAAAUGAAGUUGGGAUGUUGCGUAAAACGGAAAUAAAAACAGAAUACGAUGAUUUGCAAAUCCUUUUCAAACUAUAUUCAACUGAAUACACUAAAAAAACGAUAUUUAAUGUUCAAUCAGAUGAAUGUUAUUAGCUGGGUUUACAUGGAGCCUUGUAUUCCGAUUAUAAUCAGUUUCGAAGUCCACGCCGAAUAAAAAUGCUCUAUAAAAACACCUGUUGGAAAUGAAUGUUUUCAGAUUCCCUUUGCCAAACCUGUCUGUAUAAGUUAAACCAAAAAAAAAGUACAUUUUCAUCAUGUAAAGUAUGAAUUGGAAUGGUGUCAGGCUGCAUGAAGUUUUUGUCUGCGCAUGCUCUGUCUUGCUGUAAAUGCGUGGUGAUGUCAUCGUUUCAGCGCUUGAAAACAUGGCAGCUUGCUUACCAGAGUUGACUGAAAUGUUAUUAAAUACUUGUAACUUGUCUUUAAUCAAGCUGUUGCUUUAAUAAAAGUGUACAAACAUUCACCUAUACUGUGCUAAAUCGACGACCGGCCUCCAUCUAGAUGAAUCACAUGAUGUUUAUGUCGAAUUGCGCAUGUCACCUCUGAAAAACGGCUGUUCCGAUUAAAUGUAGUGGGCCAUUUAAACGCCCGAUUGGAAUAGAUCACGUCAUGUCACGUGGAAACAGUUGAUCAGAGAUCUUCAGUUGGAAUGAUUUAAAUCAGACUGACCAAAAAAGUAACCUGGCUGUUUUUUUGUGUGUGCAAAUAUUCUCUCAUUUUGAAUUUGAUGCCUGCAACGUUCUGUGGAACGUUCCAGUUGUUUUGUUUGUUUUUCAGCAUUCUUCAACUUUCCCAGUCUUUUGUUGCCCCUGUCCCAAAUGAGAGAAUAUUUGCAAAAAAAAAUCAAAAAUAAAAUAACAUUCAGCAGUUUGAACAUUAAAUGUCUUUGUGGUACAUGCAUUUGAAUAUAUAUUUGCAUUUGAAAAGGAUCUGCACAUCAUUUUAUUCUGUUUUUAUUUACAUUUUACACACCCCAACUUCAUUGGAAUUAGAGUUUGUACCUUUUGUACUUUGUACCGUGGCAAAAGUGUUUAUUAUUUCAUCUUUAUGGGAGUUUCAUGGUAUGUAGUUGCUUCUUGUAGUUUUUAUUUUUUGCCUAGUUUGUAUCACUCCUUUGAUGUGUUGUACACAAAUUGGCUGAUCACGCUCUAGAGAUAGUUGCACUAAUCCAAGUGUGUUGGCCUUUGUGCACACGCAGACCUUUUUAUGCGUAGAAAAAUACAAAAGCUUGUUUGAAUGUUUCUGAAUGUCCGCGCCCGGAGGAUGUGCUUGGCUGUGUUGUUGACGGGUAAAUUAAAAUGCUGUGUUAGGUGACAAUUAUUCGGUGCUCUUAAAGAAUUUUGACGUCAGAUUUAAACGGCAUAACUUGAAUACUUUUAAGUGGUGAGGCUCUUCGCUGUAGCUGACUCAGCCAACUAACCAAGGAGAGGUCUACGGUCCGCAGGGAGAACUGGGCUCUCCAAAUCAAAACCAACCGG